AGUUCAGGACAAUAUCAAGUCUUCCCUUCAUGUUGCAUCUAUCGUUAAACGAGCCAACUCAAUUUUAGGUCAAGUGAGGAGAACUCUCUCCCUAAGAACAAGGAAAUCUCUGGUUGACGUAUAUACAACUUUUAUUCGACCUCGCCUUAAAAGUUCCGCUCCAGUUUGGAACCCUUGGCUCAAAAAAGAUGUGAACCUUAUUGAAGGAGUCCAGAAGCGGUUGGUGCGCAUGUUGACGGGAAUGAGAAGAUCAUACGAGGAGACACUCCAGGAGCUGGGACUAACUACUUUGCACUAGAGAAGAGAUCGUGGAGACGCCAUCCAAGCAUUCAAGAUGAUCAAUAACACAGAUGACAUAGAUGGCAAUGGACUUUUCGUGGCUCUAAAUCAUGACGUGAACGCUCGCUCACGAGCGGCAGGAAACCUCAAAUUCCCGAGACCAAACUCGAUGUCAGAAAAUCCUCGUUCAUACGGCAAGCAGUAUAAAGGUCGAAGAAGCCUCUCUACAAUAUUUCCCAGCUAUCACCAUUUGUCCUUACAAUAAGAUCAAGUGUUCUUAUUUGCAAAGAGAUCUGGAAAACUGUUACUCGACCAAUUGCUCUAAUCUAUGGAACUAUUGCCAGUUGGGAUUGCUUUCUGGUUGUUCAUAUAUGAAGAUGGAACGUGAAAAACAAUUGAACCAAUCUUCGAAUUUUCAUAUCACUUGUCCAGAUCAAUUUUUGAAGCUGAAUAACACUGAAGAUGGCAACAUUGAGGAUGAUUCUUUAUUUGAUGAAGUUUACGGCCAACUGCAACAAACUGAUCGGCAACGCAUAGGUAUGGAGCGUAAGGUGAUGGUCAAACUUUGCACGAUAAAUCACAGCCCUUGCUCAGGGUACUUUGACGCUCAAACCAUCAACACCGUCUCUCGUGGCAAUUGCUUUGGAUUCAAUUACAAUGGGUCCUUCCAAGUUAGAGCUGGUCCAGAGGAGGGCAUGAGUUUGGAGUUCUUCUUAGUCCGCAAUGAAUCCGUUUGGCACUCUAUGAACAACAAGGUGGGUCUGCGCGUGGUUCUUCACCAACCCAAUGAGGUUCCACUUAUUGAGGAAUUGGGAAGGGAUGUUUUUCCGGGAGCUGCCACGAGUUUUAGUCUGCAGAUCAGGCAAAACAUUCGGCAACCUGCACCAUACCCAUCUAAAUGUAUUGACUCCUGGAAUGAGACCUUUUUCACAACAGCAAAGUUUCCGAUUGUUGCUAAUUGGAAAUACUCCCAAGUUGGAUGUUCCCGCAUGUGUUUCCUCCAGCAUUUUAUGCAAAAUUGCGAUUGUAUUUAUCACAACCAAGAUGAUAUGAACAUCAAGGAGUAUCAUCAAAAUCAGGGUAUCCCACCAUUUGAGUAUUGCUCAAUGAAAAACCAGACCUCAGUAGACUGUUUAGGAUCCUCAUACAAUACAUACAACAGUGAUAAAUGCCGAUGUCAACCCAAUUGCAACGAAACCAUUUAUGAGAUUGGAACGUCAGCCCUGACCUGGCCCUCCGAAAGUGGAUGGUUUUAUAAAGCAAUAGAGUUCAACAUGACUUCGUCCUAUAAAGAUGAUCAACCAAUCACUUCAGAUGAUAUUGAGAAAAGCGAAACGGAACUUUAUCCAAUAUAUGAGGAAAUAAAAAAAAACCUCCUUCGCUUGGACUUCUAUUUCUCAUCCCAAAGCCGCAUUGUGAUUGAGGAACUCCCUGUCUAUGCAGAUUUAUUCAGUCUUUUCGCUAAUUUGGGUGGGGCUUUGUCAUUGUGGAUGGGUAUCUCUUUCCUUGCACUAAUUGAAGUGAUUGAGGUCGUCAUUGAUAGUGUCAUGAAAACUGUACAAUAACCCAAAAAUCAGCAACUAAUUCGCCAAUAAUUCGGCAAUGAUUUCACACCCCAUAAUAACGGACAACGGUACAAGAGUCACUUAAUUCGGAUAAACUUAUUAGGGGAGCAAUAUGGAAUCUGGAUUUGCAUUCUGAAACGAGCUCGUUCAAUGUUCAUUUUUGGGUUUAAUUCAAGAAUAAAGAUUUGCGACUUUCUAAUG